CCUCAUCACGGCGCGACAGUCAGCUAGCUACGCAGUUGUUUGCUUUAUCGGAUUUGUGGUAAUUUUCCACCGCGGAGUUCAGAACUGAGGCUGAAUAAAGCCGUUGUAGACCGGCAGAGCCCGGCACAGUCCAGCUGCCUUACCGGGACCGAACCCUCUGGGACCCGGAUCAGACCGCAGUCUGGCUCCGUGUCGCAGUUCGUUACUUUGAUCUUUGAUGAGCGGAUAGCAGCAGGCUAACUGUUAGCAUCUCCAGGCCGACUAGCUGUUUUCAGUUCGCAGGGUUUGAUUACUUCUGUGAUGGAGUAUCCCGGAGGAGGAGGAGGGGCGGUGCUGAGCGGCGGUAACGUCCCGGCCUUCCUCACCAAACUGUGGACCCUGGUGGAGGACCAGGACACCGACCCGCUGAUCUGCUGGAGCCCGAGCGGAACCAGCUUCCACGUGUUCGAUCAGGGUCGGUUCUCAAAAGAAGUUCUACCAAAGUUCUUCAAACACAACAACAUGGCCAGUUUCAUCAGACAGCUCAACAUGUAUGGGUUCCGUAAAGUGGUCCACAUCGAGCAGGGGGGUCUGGUGAAGCCAGAGAAAGACGACACAGAGUUCCAACACCCAUUCUUCAUCAGAGGGAAAGAACACCUGCUGGAGAACAUCAAACGCAAAGUCACCAACGUGUCGUCAGUGCGUCAGGAGGAAGUGAAGGUGUCUCCAGACGAAGUGCACAAGAUCCUGAACGACGUCCAGCUGAUGAAGGGAAAACAAGAAACUAUAGACUCCCGGAUCAUCGCCAUGAGGCAUGAGAACGAGGCUCUGUGGAGAGAAGUGGCCAGUCUGAGACAGAAACACACUCAGCAGCAGAAAGUCGUCAACAAGUUGAUCCAGUUUCUGGUGUCUCUCGUCCAGUCCAACAGAAUCCUGGGAGUCAAGAGGAAGAUUCCUCUGAUGCUGAAUGACUCUAGCUCCGCCCACUCCGUGCCUAAAUAUAGUCGGCCGUUCUCAUUGGAGCACGUGCAGGCUGCAGCCAAUCUGUUCUCUGCAGACUCUCCGGUGACCUCUGGACCAAUCAUCUCUGACAUCACAGAGUUAGCCACUUCCAACGCUGAGGAUGUGGUCAGUGAUUGGACGGACACAGGAGACGACCAGUCUGUCAUUGUCAAGGAGGAGCCGUCCAGUCCUGAUGUAGAGGUGUGUCCUGUUCUGGAGUGCGAGGUUGCACAUGUAGACACGCCUCUCUCCCCCACCACCUUCAUCAACUCCAUCCUACAGGACAACGAGACACAGCUGACCCCAAACACCACCUCCACCAAUCCUACAACAGCCAGUCACACAGUUGUGAUGAGCCCUGCCUCUACUGGGCCUCUCCCUGCAGCCUCGGCCAGCCAAUCACCUGCUUGUGUUUCAACUCCAAACUCCACCCCCAGCCCCGCCAAACCUCAGCAGAAAUGUCAGACCGUUGCCUGUAUUGACAAACCCCGCCCCGCUCCCUCUGCAGGUGGACUCUCACCUGACCUUUGGCGCUUCUUAUCAACACGAUCUGACAAGUCUGAACUGUCUGAACAUGUGGACAGUAUUGACAGCAGUCUAGAAAACCUGCAGAGCAUCCUGAACUCACAGACCUUCACCUUCGACACCUCCCCGCUGACGGAGUUUUUCAGUUCUUCCUGUCCCUCUGGAGACUUUGACCUCGACAGUUUGGACACUCUGCUGUCGGAGGAGCUUCCUAAAGGAAGUGAUGAAAGCAGCAAUGCCAACCACACAGGGAAGCAGCUGAUGCACUACACGGCCACACCUGUCCUGACGUCCGAACCAAUCAGCUUGGGGGAGGGCGGGGCCGACCUGCCCUCCCUGCUGGAGCUGCAGGCGGAGCCUUUCUUCAGCUCCGACACGCCUGCCGAUGACCCUGCUGCCGCCCUGCUGAGUCCCGCCCACCUGGACUCUGAUCUCUGACGUCAUCGGGAGGGGGAGGGUCGUUGGAAGUGAUCAGUUACCAUAGCAGCAGGACAGUCGAAGCGCUGACUAAGCAGCAGCAAUACAUGAAAUCAGUUGAUCGGCUGUAGAUCGCUCAGUAGGUCAAAGGUCACGUUUUUAUUCUGCAGAUGUUAGCGAUCGAUAUUAACCAGUUUAUGUCUUCUUCAAUGUUUAUUUUAGCUUUUGUUUUUCUUCUUAGCUGCUUUCAUCAAGUUGUUUGAAGCUCACUGGGGUCAGGCCUGCAUCUGAUGAGGUCACAGACCAUGUGACCAGGUGCGCUCUCUGCAUGUUGUUUUCAGCUGUAAUAUAUGAAAUAUGAAGAGAAUCUGAAUAUUUUUGGAUAUAUUGUUUGUUAUGAAUGAGAAAUGUUACCACGGAGACGACCCGGGAGCAGGAAGAGAUGCGUUGAUCUGAUCAGGGAUCAGCCACGAUGUGAUCGAUCCGCUUUGUCAUCACGACAUCAGAGUUGUUGAGCUCGGUAGCAUUUUAUCUUUUCAGGCAGUUUGUUUGUUGAAUGAAAACGUCUCUAAGUUAAAAA